AUGGCAGUAGGAGAGCACACGUUUGUAUCGCAGAGGGCUGAGCCGCGGUACCACGGCAACCCCAAGCCGAUGCCGGCCUACUACCCGACCUCGAAGGACUCCGCGCUGGUGCCAGACUUCGGUUUCUACGACAGCAUCCGCGGCGCGCCCCGCCGCGUGGUGAAGACCUACGAGGUGCCCGUGCGCGCCGGGCAGGCGUGGAAGGCGCCCAGGGGCUCAGUGGUCCGCGUGUCCACCCCCUACGGUCCGCAGGUGCUGGACUUCAACUGCUGGGAGGCCAAUUCGAGCUUCAAGGAACACCUGUGGGCUGCCCGCACGCGGCAGCUGCAGAGCAGCCAUGUUUCCACCUACGACAGGCUGUGGUCCAACCUGCCCUACCUGCGGCCCCUGCUCACAAUCAUCGACGACUCGCUGGCAGACUACGGCCCAGACGAGCAUGGUGGCCGCGUCCACGACCUACUGGGCACGCGCUGUGACCCGUACGUGGACAAGCUUCUCAGCGGCGAGGACAACGACUUCCACUGCCACUCCAACCUGUACCGCGCCAUCAGGCCCUUCGGGGGCGGGGAGCAUCACGUGCACGACGUUCUCAACCUAUUCCAGGUCACCGGCCUCAACGAGCACGGCCAAUACUUCAUGGAAGCCUCGCCCGCGAAGCCGGGCGACUACAUCGAGUUCUUCGCUGAGGUAGAUCUGCUUUGCGCAAUUUCCACCUGUCCUGGCGGCGACCUGUCCAUGUGGGGAUGGGGAGAGGGCGCAGUGGGCGCCAAUGAGAAAAACGUCACUGACAUGUCGAGCGUCUGCAGACCUGUGCGUGUGGAAGUGUUCGAGUUGGACGAUCCAGAGACCGUCUUGCGCGGUUGGUCAUCUCCGCAACCCGUCCGCUACGGGGGGAACCACGGAAUCGAGAAUUGA